AUUUUAAACCUUUAUUUUGAACUAAAAGGUCGCAGAUGAGUAACCUGGCCUUGCUAAUUGCACGCAUGCAGAAGAAUGCAGACACUGUUGAGAAAGAUGUACUGCAUGCAGAGGAGUUGUUGCUCAUUGAUGCUAACAAUGAGAAGAGUAAUAAGACAUUAAUACAUCAAAAGGACAAUGCUGACCUGCUAGGUCGGGCAGAGGGGCUUCUGAAAGAUCUAUUCUUGGACAUGGACAAAACCAAGAAAAUGAAACACCCUCAAUCAGCAGAAAUAGAGAAUGAUGUUAGUCGCCUUCAUGAGCGUUGGCUGAAAGACUGCUCCCUUUACCGAGAGCUGUAUGAGCCAUUAAACAAUGUGGAACUACAGCCAAGAAUUAAUUGGGCUCAGGUGCUCAACCAGAAACAGAAAGAGGCAAGCAGAGGGGAGUACGGCCCCACUUUGGCUGACCUGAAGAAGCAGAUUGCAGCUCAUAACAUCCUUCAUAAGGAAAUUGAGUCUUACAACAACCAGCUGAACCCUGGGUCCACCAGCUCUCAGGAGGAAUAUGCUGGAAUUAAAAAGCAAUACAGUAACCUACUGGAUAAUUCAAAAUGGAGACGUCAUUACUUGAACAGCCUGUAUGACUACAUGCAGGACUGUGAGAAGGAAGUAACAUACAUGAAGGAUGAGCAGAACAAGAUUAUUAAUCAGGACUGGAGUGAUCAGAUGGCUAACCAUGCUGAUGUCCGCAGACAGUAUGAGAAUUUUAAGAAUAACAGUCUCCUGUCUCAUGAAAGUGAAGUCAAUAAACUUCAGGAUGAUGGGAACCGACUCAUUGAGCUGAAACAUCCUGCUGCCACUAUUAUAGAGGCCCAGAGAGACACUGUAAGAAAUGAAUGGCAGAAAUUUUUAAAUCUUUGCAUCUGUCAAGAGACACAUCUAGACAAUAUAGAGGAAUACAAAAGGUAUCAACUGGAUGCAGAUACCUUGUCUGAGUCUUUGUCUAAGCUCGGCUCCACUGUCGAUGCCAAAGCACUUAAUGGCAAAACCAACACUGAAAUUCAGAUGCAGCUUGAGGCUGAAGAAAGGGCUCUACAGCGUAAUGAGCAGCUUCUGGCAGAUCUGAGGAAGCGAAGCACCACCAUCUCACCAAUAAAAUUUCGCCACACUGCUCCCAGCAAAACUACAACAGUUGAGUCUCUAUGUGACUGGAAAACUCCCAAGCAGGCUUCAUUGAACAGAGGAGAGCUGUUCAAUCUAAAGUCCAACACAGACAAUAACAACUGGGAGGUGCAGUCCAGUGAUGGGACAAGCAAAAAGUUUCCUGGAGUUUGCUUUAUGAUUCCUCCUCCUGAUCCUGAGGCCAUCAACAGAGUUGACCUGCUUGGAAAAGAGUUGGAGGAUCUAAAGACAAGACGGUCUGCUUUGAGAGCUUCACUGAACAAUCAGCAAUCAAAGGCCACCCUUUUACAGGGUUCUGUUCCUAGUGUAAGAGCUGAUAACAACCCCAGAGCUGUGGAGCUGGCUGACUGUCUAAACCAAAUGGAUCAAAAUCUUGCUCUAGCUGAGAAGGACACCCUGAGCAGUCUAAGAGCCUCAAUAAACCGCACAGACCCUACCACAGAUCUCGCUACCCGUCUGAAAGAACAAGAGAAAACAGCAGCAGCUCUCCAGCAGUUUGAAAAGCAAUGGGCCAAAGCCCAAAAGGACCUGGAAUCUCUGCUUUCUCAGGACUCGAAUGGGCCAAUCUCCUCUACUUUACCUCAAAAACUCAGUGAUGCCAAAAAUAAAGAAGACAGUCUGGCAAGACUAACUGAUCUAUACAAAAAGAAAUUAAAUGCCUCUAUGGUUUUGGAGAAACAGCUGAAAAAGAUGGACAGCAAUGUCACAGGCUAUGAAAAAAAGCUCAGCAAUGAUUCUGCCAUUCCAGACGUUCCCAGUGCCAUCCAGACCCGUGCCCAAGAGCUUCAGAGCUUAAAGAGAGAUGUGGCUGGCAAUCAAAGUGAGAUGCAGAAGCUUAGUGAGGACCUAGAGGGACUUAAGAAGUUAUGCAGUUCACUUGAGCAGGGUUAUCAGGAGUACUGUCCUGAUAUACAGAAACAGGAAACUGAGGUGAAAAACAUUCAAAGCCGAUAUGCCAAUGUAAGCAAUCAGCUACAUGAAAGAGAGAGGCUUUUGCAAGAGGCUAGCAAAAAACACCAGGACUUUCAGAAUGUGAGCCAAUCACUGGGCUCUUUCUUUGAUAAUCUACCAAAUAACAAGAUCAACCCCAAAGAUGAUUUGUCUCAAAUCAAUGCCAAGUUGAACUUACAGAAGAGGAUGGUAGAGGAUAUACGAAGAAAGGGUAACGACAUGGACAGGGUGGUUGAUCUCUCCAAAGACCUCCAGAGUGCCCUUAAUGAAUAUGAGAUGAAUUGUGACAAGUACAAUGCUACUCUUGAUGAUGCACCCAAGACAAAUGCUGAACGCUUUUACACCUCCACACUGGCUAGCUCUGUUGCAAAACAGGAGAAGGACCUUAUGAACCGUUAUGCUGAGACAGCUGCUGAGAGUGACCAGUUACUGAAGCAGAUGGACUUAGCAAACAACAUAAUUGCUGAGAAUCAGGAAAAAGUAAAUGUGGUACAACAACAGGUACAACAAAAUGCUUUUGAGGACACUGAAAUUUUGCAGAAAGAGUUAAAGGAGGAAACAGCUAGACGCAACAAUCUGGAGUAUAACCUUGGCACCAUGAAGAACAGAUAUUUAUCUUUGAAAAGUCGAAGAGGAGUGGAUCGAAGAGAGGAGAAGGAAAUUCUGCAGUACUACCGUGACCCAAAACUUGAGGCUAGUGUGGAGGACUUUUACAAGAAGACUCAUGAAGAAGCAAUUAAACGUACCAAAACCCAAAGUGAGAUUGAGGUGAUAACAAGAAAGAUCACUAGUAUAGAAAGCGAAAUUAAGAACACAGAGCCCAAGCUAGUGACGAGAGAGGUCACAGAGGUGGAGAAAGACCCUUAUCUGGAUGUAGAAUCCUCAAACAUUCGAGAAAAGAUAAGCAAGUUGAGGAAUGAAAUUAGAGUCAAGGAACAGGAAAAGGCCCACUUGAAAACAGAAAUAACGAUUUUGGAGCAAAAGAAGCACAACAUAAAAGAAAAGGUAGUGCAAAAGGAAGUGGUAAGACUGGAGAAAGAUCCUGUAAUGGUUCAGGCCAUAAGGACAUUUGAGAUGGAGGUAUCAGAUGAAGGUGAGAGAAGCAAAUCACUCAUGAGUGAAAUCUCCCAAACCAGGAGUCAGAUCAAUUUCCUGGAGAGGCUCAUUCCAACCUUAGAACCAAAAGUUGUCACCAAGGAAAUUAAAACUGUUGAGCAGGACCCUGGACUAAUAAACGAGUCUAAAGGACUUCUGGUCAGAAUAGAAGAGUUAAAAAAUGAGAACACAAAUCUCAUUAUUGAGCUCAAUAACAUUCAGUCACGCCACAUCCAAAUACAACAGAUUAAACCUAAAGUUGAAGUUAAGGAAAUCAUAAACGAGAUUUUCAGGGUAGCCCCUGAGACAGAGGCAGAGAUGCAGCGCUUGAGAAAGGACCUUCAAAACAACAGCAGUCAGAGCUCAGACUAUGAAAGACAAAUCAACAUGAUUAAAACUGAGAUCGCAGCUUUGCAUGCACAGAAACCCAACAUUGAGUAUAAGGAAGUACUUCAAGAGGUUGUAAAAGAGGAAAGAAGUCCAGAAAAUGUAAGAGAAAUACAGAAGCUCUCAGAUCAAGUUUAUUCUUUACAAAGAUCCUACAGUACUUUACAGGACAAUCUUAUCAAUCUACGAAAAGACAGGGAUGAAUGGAAGGCUGAAAAGUCAAAGGUUGAGACCAGGAUUGUCACUAAAGAUAUAACCAAGUAUGUUGAUGAUCCUCUUCUGGAGAAAGAGGCAGAUCGUCUCAGAAGAAUGGUCCGUGAGGAAACUCAGAGGCGCAGAGCUACUGAGGAAAUGGUCUUUGAUCUUCAAAAUAAGUAUAUUCAGCUUGAGAGACAAAAACCAGAGGAAAAAGUAGUCAUGCAAGAGGUGGUGCGCCUACAAAAGGACCCAGCCCAAAUCCUUUCUUAUGAAAGGCUUGGUAGAAGUCUAGAUGAAGAAGUCAAUAAUCGGAGAAAAUUUGAGCUUGAGGUGCAGCAGUUGAGAACACUGAUAGAAGAUAAGGAAAGAAUCAUUAGGAGCAGCGAUGAAAGGGAAAGAAAGAUCCAGGUGGAAACUGAGUUAAGACAAAUUAAAUCAAGAAUCUAUGAGUUAGAAACCUCACCACCUCCCAUUGAAGAGAACAUUGUUAUAGAGGAAGUUUUGAAAGUUGAGAGGGAUCCAAAACUAGACAAAAUAACCAAUGGUCUUCGAGCAGAUAUGGAUAAAGAGAGCAGCGACAUUAUGAGGUUCGAGAGAGACAUCCGGAAAUUGAAAUUUGAGAUAGACAUCCUACAGCGAGAAAAAUCUGUGGAGAAGACUGUCUAUAAGGAGGUUGUUCGUGUAGAAAAAGACCAGGCAGUAGAGGUGGAGCGGUCCAACCUUCAUGAACAGGUACUUCAGCAAAGACAUGCCAGACAAGACCUUGAGGACAAAAUCUACUAUCUAAAAGAUAAACUGCAGCAACAAGAAAGCAAAAGAACUAGCACUUCCCUGGAGGAGACCAACUUAAUUCAUGAUCGAGACAAACUGCAAAGAGAAAAAGAUAACCUCCAGAGAGAACUGAGAUCUUUAGAAUCACAAAGACAAAACAUCAGUAUCUCAUUCCAGCAACAUUCUAGGCUCAUGAGUGAAAGAAACCAAAUGAACAGGCACAGAAGCAUCAAAAUGGAAUCUGAUGUUCAGAGGCUUGAAAGGGAGAUCCUGGAAGAAAAGGACAAAAUCUACAAGCGAGAUAACAUAAUCAGAGAGCUAAAGAACAGUUUGAAGAAAGAGGAAUCCUCAGAGACUCGCACCAAAGAGGUUAAUGUCUCCACAAAAAUUAGCAUCUUAGACCCUAACACAGGUAAAGACAUGUCACCUUAUGAUGCCUACAUGCAAGGCUUUAUUGAUCGCAGCCAGUACAUCCAACUGCAGGAGCUUGAAUGUGACUGGGAGGAAGUCACCACAAUGGGACCUGAAGGUGAGAUAUCCUUCUUGCAAGAUCGCAAAAGUGGCAAGCAAUACUCCAUCAAAAAUGCCUUAAGAGAAGGCAGGGUGACUAAUUACCAAGUACAACAAUACAAGGAUGGAAAAAUGCCUAUUUCAGAGUUUGCUCUUCUUGUGGCUGGAGAAACUAAAUCUCGGUCAUACAUCCCAAUUAACAGCCAACCAACUCAACAGCAUUCUACUUAUUCCUCCACAUACUUCAGUCAUACAUAACCAUACAGGCUUCAUUUUUUUUUUUUUUUGAUUAUCAAAUUUUAAUUAUUCUAAAUCAACUUUCUGCUUGAUACGAGAUUAAAACAGUAACAUUUAAUCUGAUCUGUACUAUACUACAAUUGUUUUAAAUAAGGUUACAUCUGCCAGUUUGAUCACAUUACUUAAAUCAGUAAAUCUGGAAUACAGCAUUUAUGUAAACAUUGCAAAAGCUAAGAUGUUAUGGGGCAGGAUAUUCUAAUUAACAAUAUUUAACAUAAGGAAAAUUCAUCACAAAAUGAAUAAAUUAUUUAUCUUUGUUUUAUGUAUUUGGUAUGAUAGGUUAUAAGUGCAAUUUCUGAUAUCAUUUAAUUUAUGUCUUUCCAUUAUCAACCUCUUUACUUUCUCAUACUACUAAAUGUCUUGAGAAUAAUUAAAAAUGCAAUG